UUUCCGUUACGUAUUAUUGUUUAUAGAAGUGUCUUGUCACUGGCAACUUGUGUCCUCCAGCCAGUGGAUGACCGUUCUGCUCCCUUAACUUUCAUUGUGUUGUGUGUUUGUUUGAUCGGUGAACGAUUAUUCCAAAAAUAAAAACAGAAAUGGAGCAGUACGCCCAAACCGUAAAGGACUUCGUGGAGGCACACGCCGUCUGUUUCACCGUUGCGUUUGUUGCAGGAGGGAGCCUGCUGGCCUUGCGCAGGUGGCUGGCGGGGGGAGUGUGUCGGAGCAAGGCCCGGCUGGAUGGAAAAACUGUCCUCAUCACAGGAGCCAACACCGGCAUUGGGAAGGAGACGGCCUUGGAUUUGGCAAAACGAGGGGCCAGAGUGAUCUUGGCCUGCAGAGACAUGACCAAAGCCUACCUGGCAGCUGAUUACAUCCGUCACACAAGCGGAAAUAGCAACGUGGUGGUGAAGAAGCUGGACCUCGCCUCCCUAAGGUCGGUCCGAGACUUGGCCAAAGACAUCCAGCUGACCGAGGAACGUUUGGAUGUCCUCAUCAACAAUGCAGGUAUUAUGAUGUGUCCCAAGUGGAAGACCGACGAUGGCUAUGAGAUGCAAUUCGGUAUUAACCACCUGGGACAUUUCCUCCUCACCAACCUUCUUGCUGAAAUGCUGAAAAAGUCUGCUCCGAGUCGAGUCGUCAUUGUCUCCAGCAGUGCGCAUGAAAAAGGUCACAUCCAUUUCGAAGACAUUAACCUGGACCAAGACUACCAAUGUGACGUGAGCUACCGCCAAAGCAAGCUGGCCAAUGUGCUCUUCUGCAGAGAGCUGGCUUCCAGACUGCAAGGCACAGGGGUGAUGACUUACAGCCUCCACCCUGGCGUCGUCCGCACAGAGUUAGGCCGCUACAUGUUCCCUCCUAUGCCCCUGUGGAAGAAGAUUCUGGCCAUGCCCUUUCUGGUGAUGAUCAAAAGUCCCUGGGAAGGAGCUCAGACCAGCAUCUACUGUGCUGUGGACGAGAGUCUGGCCAAUGCCACCGGACUUUACAACAGCGACUGUGCUGUAAAGACUCCUGCUCCAGCUGCAUUGGAUGAUACCGUAGCCAAACGACUGUGGGUGCUCAGCGCCUCCAUGGUUAGCCUGGUCUGAAAUCAGCAGCCUGCAUUCAUACUGCAGCAACUACCAGGCACUAACUUGGAAGAUAUGGUGCUAAAUUAUGUGGCCUUUUUUUUUUUUUUUCACCUUAAUUUUUUUAUUUAUUUCACCCUAAACUGACCAAUUUGCACUCUGUGAUGGCACUCUUUAUAAAAGUAUUAGGGCCACACGGAAAAGAAAAAAAUGCACCGUACAAAAAUAAAGUUGGUGUAAAAAUAGCUGUAAUACUGCGUGAAAAGAUAGAGGAAAAAUACACCUUAAACAUUACAUUUAUAUUACAAUAAGUAGUGUAUAUUGGGCUGUUUUCGAGUUAAGAUUUUUAUAGUCAAAUCUUAUUCGUCAGAUUUUGCCCCAUUGUCGACGAUCAGAGUUUUUAAUUUAAGAGAAAUAAACAGAUGGUGAUGUGUUGUAGCAUAUAUUGACUGGUCACAAAGGGUCAGUAACGUCACAUGGAUGUCCUUUAACACUUAAAUACUUAAAUAUUCCAAAGUUAAUUAAAAUGUACUUAUUUAAGGAAUACAAUCUCACAUUAAAGUGAACAAAACAAGAAUCUAAUUCGCGACUUUUUUCACCUAAAAAAAAGGCUAGACCACAGUUUGUGAGGCCUGCUCUGGGGCACAGCGCCAAAAGGACAUCAAACUUGACUAAAUAGAGUAAGUGGAAGGCAUAACAAAGUUUCCGUAUGUGGACCUGUGGAAGGAUCAUUACCUUUUUCAAGGGGAGAGCUACACGUUCGGAGUUAGGCAGUGCAUCUCGGCGCCCGCGCCGUGUCCAGUCUCCGGUGUGUUUAACGGGUAUAUGGUGAGAUUCGGCCAGCCAGAGGCAUGAAGCGGCACAGCGAGACCCGUAUGUAACAGCGUAGUGUCCCAAUCAGCCUAAAAUCCUAUCCACCAUACAAAAACACUAUUAGUAUAAUAUUCUUGUGUGCAGACAAAAACAUUUUACUGCAUAAGAUGUGGGAGUCCAAAACAUGCCAGCUGACUAUAGACAUGACGUCACACCAGAAAGCAGCGAAGUGACAGCUGAAACUAAGUUGUCUCUUACUCCCUAAAAAACUAUUUGUUUGCACACAAAAAAUUGUUUUAAUAUUGAAAGGGGAACUUUUUGGGGGGUAAUUUUGCCUAUAGUGGUCACCUGCUAUAUGCGGAGAUCCCAGCAGGUAUUAACUUACCUCCCUCCCAUAGCGAGACUCGUCCAAAUGAAAUUGACUUUGACUAUUUGAAGACAGCCUGAGUGUAUAUGGUAAUAUUACAAAAAUAAAUCACAUAAAAAGUCUUGAUUUUACUGCACGCCAAAUAUUUUUACAAUAUCAUAUAAAAGGUCAUUUAUAUUUUACAGGGAGAAAAAAAACUUUAAUAAAGUUGUAAUUAUUUUACGACUAUAUCCCAUUAAAUUAUAUUAUUCUCGUAAUAGAAUGAUUUUUUGUCAUAGUUCUCUGUGUGGCUCUAAAACUUCUUCAUAGUGUAGUAAAUGAGCUUUGAAGCAAACUGCACUGCUCGCCUGAUAUGGUUUGCCUAGUCUACAUAUCUUAAUGUAUUUAUUGCUGUGAUAGUUUUUUUAUUAGAAGGGAGUUUUCUCAGCUGCUGCACUCUUGUGUUACAAAAUGCAUGCCAUACUCUGCCUGUUAAUAUAAAAAGGUCAACAUGAAGCAUCAACAGAAAUAUUAGAAAAUGAAGGCCAGACCACAUGUAUUUAUUUGGAAGAUAGUUACCAUAAGAAUGGUUGUAUUGUAUAACUGUGGUUUGUGUGUUGUAUCUGACAGCUUUAAUAAAGAAAACUUCUUAUAAUACAA